AUGGGUUACAUGUGUGACUUCUGUGGUGAACAAAGAUCAAUGGUUUACUGUCGAUCCGAUGCAGCGUGUCUUUGCCUCUCCUGUGACCGGAGUGUUCAUUCCGCUAACGCAUUGUCUAAACGACAUUCUCGGACACUUGUCUGCGAGAGAUGCAAUGCGCAGCCUGCAACUGUCAGGUGUGUUGAAGAAACGGUUUCACUUUGUCAGAACUGUGAUUGGUCUGGUCACAACAACAGCAAUUCUUCGUCUCAGAAUCAUAAGAGGCAAACCAUAAGUUGCUAUUCUGGCUGUCCUUCGAGCUCCGAGCUCGCUUCUAUAUGGUCUUUCUGUUUGGACUUAGCCGGGCAAUCCGUUUGUGAACAAGAAAUGGGUAUGAUGAAUAUAGACGAUGAUGGUCCGACCGAUAAAAACUGUAAUGAGGAUAAGAAAGAUAUCGUUGUAGGCUCCUCUUCGAAGCCUGAAACCGGUUCUGCAGCACAAGGGAAUUCAUCGUUUGCUAAGGAUGUUGGAGUGUGUGAAGAUGACUUUUAUGCAAACCUUGGUAUUGAUGAGGUUGACAUGGCACUUGAGAAUUAUGAAGAGCUCUUUGGUACAGCGUUUAACCCCUCGGGAGAGCUAUUCGGACAAGGUGGAAUCGAUAGUCUUUUCCAGAAGCAUCAAGGAGCUCCUGAGGGACGGAAUACGGUGCAGCCAACUGACAGCAAUGAUUCAUUCAUGAGUUCGAAAACCGAGCCAAUAAUCUGCUUCACAUCGAAGCCAGCACAUUCGAACAUCUCUUUCUCUGGAGUCACAGGAGAAAGUAGUGCUGGAGAUUUCCAAGAAUGUGGUGCAUCUUCUUCGAUGCAGCUCUCAGGCGAGCCACCAUGGUAUCCUCAAACAUCACAGGAUAAUAAUGCUUGCUCACAUUCAGUAACCCGAAAUAAUGCGGUUAUGCGUUACAAGGAAAAGAAGAAGGCUCGCAAGUUUGAUAAGAGAGUGAGGUAUGCUUCUCGCAAAGCAAGAGCUGAUGUGAGACGGCGUGUGAAGGGGAGAUUUGUCAAAGCUGGUGAAGCUUAUGACUACGACCCGCUUACUCCAACCAGAAGCUAUUGA